CAACCAUGGCGACUCCGAAUCUAGAGUGCCGAAUGUACGAAUCAAAGUACCCGGAAGUAGACAUGGCUGUGAUGAUCCAGGUCAAAAACAUCGCCGACAUGGGAGCUUACGUGUCACUCUUGGAGUACAACAACAUCGAAGGCAUGAUCCUAUUCUCGGAGCUCUCCCGGCGCCGGAUCCGGAGUGUGAGCAGCUUGAUUAAGGUCGGGAGGAUCGAGCCUGUGAUGGUUUUGCGUGUGGAUAAGGAGAAGGGUUACAUUGAUUUGAGUAAGCGUAGGGUUAGUGAGGAGGAUGUGCAGACGUGUGAAGAGAGGUAUAAUAAGAGCAAGCUUGUUCAUUCUAUCAUGCGUCAUGUUGCUGAGACUCUUUCUAUUGAUUUGGAGGAGUUGUAUGUGAACAUCGGUUGGCCUUUGUACCGUAAACAUGGUCAUGCUUUUGAGGCCUUCAAGGUCUUAGUGACUGAUCCUGAUUCUGUGUUGGGUUCACUCACCCGUGAGAUCAAAGAAGUUGGGCCUGAUGGGCAGGAGGUAACUAAAGUUGUACCUGCUGUUACGGAAGAAGUGAAAGAUGCACUUGUGAAGAACAUUAGGAGGAGAAUGACACCACAACCAAUGAAAAUCCGUGCUGAUAUUGAAUUGAAAUGUUUCCAGUUUGACGGAGUUGUUCACAUUAAGGAAGCCAUGAGAAAAGCUGAAGCUGCUGGAAAUGAAGACUGUCCUGUUAAGAUUAAAUUGGUUGCUCCACCUCUCUAUGUCCUUACUACUCAGACUCUUGACAAGGACAGAGGGAUUGAAAUUUUAGAGAAGGCCAUAGCAGUUUGCACUGAGACAAUUGAGGAACACAAAGGCAAGCUCGUCGUUAAGGAGGCACCUAGAGCUGUGAGUGAAAGAGAUGAUAAGAUGCUGACAGAACACAUGGCUAAGCUAAGAAUGGACAAUGAAGAAAUCAGCGGGGAUGAAGAAAGUGGAGAAGAGGAAGAAGACACAGGGAUGGGCGAAGUUGAUAUAGACAGUGGCGCAGGAAUCAUUGAGUAGUCUAUUUUCUAUUAAAGUAGAAACCUCCGAGAGGAUUUAUUUUUUUGUUGAGAGAAAUGUUUUUUUUUCACCCGUCGAGGGGUUAAAGUAUCAAACAUACAUUCAUGAUCUUAUAAAGAUUCGAUUAUUGUUUUUGGCAAUAGACAUUGCUGUUCGGCUGUUCCAUUGCCAACAUAGAACUUUGCCUUUAAAUCAAUGUAGUUGUGUUA